CAAAUCAACUACAAAGCUUCCAAAAGCCCCCAAAAUCAUUACACUUUUGCACCUGUUGAUGCAGAAAAAGAUCGUUAGCUUGAUUGCAAAUUUCUUUGCAAGAUCAGAGCUCAGUGAGCUGAAUACAGCUGAGGACACAGAGAUUAACAGGCUGUGGACGUGGUCACAGAACCCUUCCAUAUUAUCAACUUAAAUUUUGAAGCAGCAAUCAUAUUUCAGAGGGAAAACUAGAAGAGGAGUCUUCAAACCAGUACAUACCAAUGAAUCCACUGUCACGAGAAGACUUCAAGUUGAAGGAUACAAAACCCCAACUAGGAGAGCGAUGGCCACAUGGAGUAGUGCGUGGUAGUGGAUGGAUUGGUAGUGAAAGAGCUGCAAGUACUUAUGAUCUCGUUGAGCAGAUGUUUUACCUAUACGUCCGAGUUGUGAAAGCCAAAGACCUUCCACCAAGCCCUGUUACUGGCAGCUGUGAUCCAUAUGCCCAAGUGAAGCUAGGGAACUACAAGGGAAAAACAAGGCACUAUGAGAAGAAAACGAACCCAGAAUUCAACCAAGUUUUUGCAUUCUCAAAAGACAAGAUCCAGUCUUCAGUCCUGGAGGUCUAUGUCAAAGACAGAGAGAUGGUGGGCAGGGAUGAUUACAUAGGGAAGGUGACCUUCGACAUGCAUGAGGUGCCUACAAGGGUUCCACCUGAUAGCCCUCUGGCACCACAAUGGUACAGAUUAGAGCAUCGCCAUGGGGACAGGAAGGUGAAAGGACAGAUUAUGCUAGCAGUUUGGGUGGGAACACAAGCUGAUGAAGCAUUUCCGGAGGCCUGGCACACUGAUGCUGCUUCAGUCGAUGGUGAGGGUGUUUACAGCAUCCGAUCAAAGGUCUAUGUUUCUCCCAAACUAUGGUAUCUCAGAGUUAACGUCAUAGAAGCUCAGGAUUUAGAGUCACUUGACAAAAACCAAUUACCACAGGCUUUUGUCAAGGCUCAUGUUGGGAAUCAGGUACUGAAAACCAAGCUUUGCCCCACAAAAACCACCAAUCCUACUUGGAAUGAAGAUUUGUUAUUUGUGGUAGCUGAACCUUUUGAGGAACAUUUGGAAAUAACGGUUGAAAACAAAGCAACCUCCGCAAAACAUGAAACCAUGGGGAAGAAAAUCUUGCAACUCACCGACUUCGAGCGGCGUUUGGAUCACCGGCCAGUCCAUUCUAAAUGGUACAACCUGGAAAGAUUUGGAUUUGGCGUUCUGGAGGGAGACAAGAGGCAUGAACGCAAAUUUUCGACAAGGAUUCAUCUCAGAGUUUGUCUUGAAGGUGCUUACCAUGUACUAGAUGAAUCGACUUUGUACAUAAGUGAUGUCCGCCCCACUGCAAGGCAGCUAUGGAAGCAGCCGAUUGGGAUCCUUGAAGUAGGCAUCUUGAGUGCUCAGGGACUUUCCCCAAUGAAGUCAAAGGAUGGGAAGACAACCACAGAUGCCUACUGUGUAGCAAAAUAUGGGCAGAAGUGGGUGCGUACAAGAACCAUAAUGGAGAGCUCCAACCCCAAGUGGAACGAGCAAUACACUUGGGAGGUCUAUGAUCCUUGCACGGUGAUCACACUAGGAGUUUUUGACAACUGCCACUUGGGAGGAAGCGAGAAACCAUUAUCUGGGGGUGGAGCCAAAAAUGAUUCAAGAAUUGGGAAAGUAAGAAUCCGACUCUCAACCCUUGAAACAGAUAAGAUUUACACACACUCAUACCCACUUCUUGUUCUGGGAUCAUCUGAGGUGAAAAAGAUGGGUGAGCUUCAGUUGGCAUUUAGAUUCACCUGCCUAUCUCUGGCUCACAUGAUAUACCUCUACGCCCACCCAUUACUACCCAAAAUGCAUUAUCUCCAUCCUUUCACAGUGAACCAGCUAGACAGCCUGAGGUAUCAGGCUAUGAGGAUUGUAGGGGUGCGACUCGGCCGGGCAGAGCCGCCCCUCAGGAGUGAGGUGGUGGAGUACAUGCUGGACGUGGAUUCCCACAUGUGGAGUAUGAGAAAAAGCAAAGCAAACUUCUUCAGAAUCGUCUCCCUCUUCUCGGGAGCCAUUGCCAUGAGCAAAUGGCUUGGCGACGUGCGCUACUGGAAGAACCCGGUGACUACAAUCCUAGUACAUGUUCUGUAUUUCAUACUCAUAUGCUACCCGGAAUUAAUCCUCCCCACAAUCUUCCUCUACAUGUUUCUAAUUGGGAUUUGGAAUUACCGGUUCCGGCAGAGGCAUCCUCCCCACAUGGACACCAAACUUUCAUGGGCAGAAGUGGUUAAUCGCGACGAAUUGGACGAGGAGUUCGACACAUUCCCUACGUCAAAAGCCCAAGACGUGGUGCGGAUGAGGUACGACAGGCUCAGAAGCCUGGCAGGGAGAAUCCAGACGGUGAUCGGAGACAUGGCUACUCAGGGAGAACGGCUUCUUGCGCUGCUCAGCUGGAGGGACCCCAGAGCCACUGCCCUAUUCGUAGUAUUCUGUUUGAUUGCAGCUGUUGGGCUGUAUGUGACUCCGUUUAGGAUAAUAGCUAUGGUAGCUGGGUUGUUCUUGCUCCGGCACCCCAGGUUCCGGAGCAAGCUGCCGUCUGUACCCAUCAAUUUCUUCCGGAGACUACCGUCCCGGGCUGAUGGCAUGCUCUGAAGGGUACUGAAGAUGGGCAUCCAGAGAUUUUUCAUUUAAAAUUUUUUUUAUUUGCCAUAUUGAAUGUUUAUUCCCCAAUAUAAAUUAGGAAAAUAUUU